UCGCGCAUGCGCAGUUCUUUGCUAAGGAAGAAGAAAGGGGGAAACCAAAAAUGUCUCUGACGAGCUUUUUACCGGCGCCGACCCAGCUGUCCCAGGACCAGCUGGAGGCAGAAGAGAGGAUCCGGGCCCAGAAGUCCUACUCCACCGCCCUGGUCUCGUCCCUCAGGGAGCCCCCUCCGUACAGUCACAGGAAGGGCUGGGUGCCUCGUUCGCUCGAGGACUUUGGAGAUGGAGGAGCUUUCCCGGAGAUCCACGUGGCCCAGUUCCCUCAUGAGAUGGGUCGGAAGAAGAGGACGUCCAAUGCCUUGGCGGUGCAAGUGGACGCCGAGGGAAAGGUCAAAUAUGAUGCCAUCGCCAGACAAGGACAGGGCAAGGAUAAGGUGAUCUUCAGUAAGUACACAGACCUUCUUCCAAAGGAAGUUCUGAAUGAAGACACUCCAGAACUACAGAAGCCCGAUGAGGAGGCUGUGAAAGAACUAACAGAGAAGACCCGCGCUGCCCUGGACAAGCAGGUGUCACAGAAGAUUGCUGCUGCCAUGCCUGUAAGAGCCGCAGACAAACAGGCUCCUGCACAGUACAUCAGAUAUACCCCAUCCCAGCAGGGAGUAGCUUUUAACUCUGGGGCCAAACAGAGGGUGAUCCGCAUGGUGGAGAUGCAGAAAGACCCCAUGGAACCUCCUCGUUUCAAGAUCAACAAGAAGAUUCCUCGUGGACCCCCCUCCCCUCCUGCCCCUGUCAUGCAUUCUCCAAGCAGAAAGAUGACAGUCAAGGAGCAGCAGGAGUGGAAGAUUCCUCCGUGCAUCUCCAACUGGAAGAACGCUAAGGGCUACACCAUUCCUCUCGACAAGCGUCUUGCCGCUGAUGGCAGGGGGCUGCAAACGGUUCACAUCAACGAAAACUUUGCCAAACUGGCUGAAGCUCUCUACAUCGCCGACAGAAAGGCCAGAGAGGCGGUGGAGAUGAGAGCCCAGGUGGAGAAGAAGGUGGCCCAGAAGGAGAAGGAGAAGAAGGAGGAGAAACUGAGGGAGCUGGCCCAAAUGGCUCGAGACCGCAGGGCAGGGAUCAAAACCCACGGAGACAAAGGUGGCGAGGACGGCGAGGCCAGGGAGCGUGACGAGAUCCGCCAUGACAGAAGGAAAGAGAGACAGCACGACAGGAACAUUUUGAGGGCAGCUCCCGAUAAGAGGUCCAAGCUGCAAAGAGACCAGGAGCGGGACGUGAGUGAGCUCAUCGCUCUGGGCAUGCCCAACCCUCGUUCCUCCAGCGAGGCCCAGUAUGACCAGAGACUCUUCAAUCAGAGCAAGGGCAUGGAUAGCGGUUUCGCCGGUGGUGAGGACGAGACGUACAACGUGUAUGACCAGCCGUUCCGCAGCGGCAGAGACAUGGCGUCCAACAUCUACAGGCCAAGCAAGAACAUUGACAAGGACGCCUACACAGACGACCUUGAUUCGCUCAUGCAGAACAACCGUUUUGCCCCAGGCAAAGAGUUCUCAGGUGCCGACCACGGGCAGAGGCGGGAUGGGCCCGUCCAGUUUGAGGAGGACCCCUUCGGUCUGGACAAGUUCUUGGAGGAGGCCAAGCAGCACGGCGGCUCCAAGAGGCCCUCGACCAGCAGGAGCUCAAAGGACGACUACCACGAUAAGAAGCGGAGGAAGGAGUGAGAGCGUGUGGCCGCCAAGUCCGCUCAGGACGGCCGAUGGCCUGUCGGAGGAUGGGGAGGUAGUCUGCACCCUCUCAACCGUUUUUAAUAUACUCAAGUCUAUAUCAGGAAUUUGUCAUUUUUUUUUUGCAGCGUGAAAGAUGAAAGACAGUGUGACAGUAGUUGCUAUUUCGUUAAUUGCUAAACCUGACCUGAAUCAACACGUGAACUGUGAGGCUUCAGUGAAGCUGAAGCGAUGGUUACACAUGAAAUCUGCCUCUGUACAGUGCAGCUGGUAUUAUUUGGGCCCAGGAAGUGUGUAGUUUUUUGUCCUUUUGUUUUUUUAUAUAUAUACAUGUAUACAGACUCAACAGAACACUCAUCAGAAGUGUUCAUGUUUACCUUUGUCUCAUGUGUCCCCCACAUUUUCCACCUUUUUCAGUUUGUGGUCAGCUGUGUUUUAGUGAAGCCCCUGGCGAGCACAGUUCCAGUCCAAAUUAGAUGACAGACAUGUACAGAACUUAAAUCUGUGAGGUGUAAAGCAAACCAGCUGUAUAAUUCUUGUACAUUACCACUGAUGGAAUAAAUUUCAUAAUUGUGUGUAA